GUAUUUUCCAUCCUAGAUACACGAAGUCUUUGUUAUGCGGCGGCUGCAUGCUCCAUGUUCAGUAAGUGUGCUGGAGAUCCAUUAUGUUACUGUAAUAUUGACUUGACUGCAAAGGAUCCAAAGAUCAAUAACACAGUCGUGUCUACUAUGAUACAGCGAGCAGGGAAAAACCUUCAGUCCCUUAAGCUUGGCAUUUGGCCUAACACAGCAACAAAUGAAGAUGUUAUCCGAUGCACAUCUUAUUCCUCCAGAAAUUCCAUGGAAUUAUUGGGUCUUUCAUGGACUGAAAGAAGGCCUAGGCAGGGCAAGGAACCAUGUAUUCUUACUAGAUCAUGUUUGUUGGCUUUAGGUGCAGAUGGUGCUGCUGCAGGGGCACUUUUAAGGAGUUUGCACCUGUACAAUAUCGAUAAAAUGGAUGGCCCUGGCUUUUCUAUUGCAUUAUCUGCUUGCCCUUCUCUUCUUGAUCUGGAAGUUGUUGGUCUACGUAUUGAGCUGAGGCAAAUAUUGGACUCUGUGAGCACGAAUUGUCACUCAAUUGAACGUUUGUUUGUAGAGUCUUCAGAAACAGGUAGUGAUGAUAGUUUGAAAUCCCCAACUUGUGUUGAUCUUGUAAAUGGAUGUCCUCAUAUAAUGUCAUUGACUUUAAGGGGGUUCAAACUCAAUGAUCACAAAGUUCGUAUCCUGAUCAAAGGGCUUGUGAAUCUCAAGUCAGUUGAUUUUUCAACAUCCUACUCAAUUGCAGGACUAUUUUUAAGGAACCUUGGCAACGGCUCGAAUGGUCAUUUACUAGAAGUCUUGAUCCUUCGCGAUUGCUUGCAUCUCAAAGAAGUUGAAAUUGCUCGGUUUUUAUCAGCUCUGAUUUCUGGGGAUUGUAAGCUCCUUAGAUAUUUGGAUAUCUCAAACAAGGAUGGCCUUUCUGCUGAGGAUGACUGGAAUGUUAGGCGCUACAGUCCAAGUAUUCCACUAUCACGCAUUUUGGAAGAGAGGCCUGACUUGUGCUUGCUUGCAAACUUUCCCCCGGAUGAGUGCUGCAUGGAUAUUGAACAAACCAGCGAUCGAGAAGCAGGCAGCGACUCUAGCUUGCAAAUUGAGAACAAUCAGCUAUUGAGUACAGAUUACUUGGAUUCAUCUGAUAGUAGCUAUGGCAGUAUUUUGGCCAGUGGAAGUGAAGACGCCUUUGAUUCCAAUUAUGCAUUAUAUGAUGGGGAUAGCUUAGAUGAGCUCGAAUUCAGUUAACCUAUUGAAGAAAACCUGGCUCAACGCAAGUCGAUGCAGUAUAAGAGUAAAUAAAUUCUCUCGCUCUUUUUUCUCUUUCACACAACCACUCAUUUACGCACAUAAACUCAAAUGGAAGUAGUGAAUUAUAAUUGAUGACAGCACAUUUAUCUUUGCUGAUGUACCUAUGCAUGCCCAGUCUUUCUCUCAAUAUUAUAAUUUGAUCAUUGGAUGGUAUUAGCUUAAUCGCUAAUGCCUUUAUCCGCAUAUGGCUAUC